AGAGUUUGGGUUUCUCAGUUUUUGGGUUUUCUGCGGAAGAAGAAAAAGGCGGGCUUUUUCCUCUCUUUGUUUUUAGUUUUUUUUUUUUUUUUAUUAAUCAGAGUAACGACAUUGGUAAUUUACGGAGAUGGAGGAGAAGAUGAAGAAAGAUUCUGAAGUAGAAGUGUCUUCGGUAGAAGAAGGUUUUGCUGAUGCAUGGUUCAGAGGGAUUCUCCAAGAAAAUCCAACAAAAUCAGGUCGCAAAAAGCUCCGUGUUCGUUACUUGACUCUGUUAAACGACGACGGUUUGUCUCCUCUUGUCGAGAACAUUGAACCGAGGUUUAUCCGACCGGUUCCGCCGGAGAAUGAAUACAAAGGUAUCGCCUUGGAGGAAGGAUCGGUGGUUGAUGCUGACCACAAAGACGGUUGGUGGACUGGUGUGAUUAUUAAGAAAUUGGAGAAUGGCAUGUUUUGGGUUUACUAUGAUUCUCCACCUGACAUUAUUGAGUUCCACAGAAACCAAUUGAGAGCUCAUUUGCGCUGGACCGGUUGGAAAUGGGACCGACCAGAUAUUCAGGAAUUGGACAAGUCCAUGUUUAGCUCCGGGACAAUGGCGGAAGUGAGUACUGUCAUAGAUAAAGCGGAAGUUGCGUGGUUCCCUGCUAUGAUAAUUAAAGAGAUUGAAGUGGAUGGUGAGAAGAAAUUCAUCGUGAAGGACUGUAAUAAACACUUGAGCUUUAAUGGUGAUGAGGCAAGAACAAACUCUACCAUUGAUUCGUGUCGUGUUAGACCCACGCCGCCUCCUUUUCCAGUUGAAAAGUACGAAUUGUUGGAUCGUGUGGAGUUGUUUCAUGGUUCGGUAUGGCGUCAAGGGUUGGUAAGGGGAGUUCUUGAUCAGAACUGUUACAUGGUUAGUUUAGUGGUUACAAAGGAGGAAUCAGUGUUUAAACACUCGGAUCUUAGGCCUUGUAAGGUGUGGGAAGAUGGAGUUUGGCAUGACGGACGAAAGCAAACUCCUGUUACAGAAACUCCUUCCAACGUCAUAAAAACGAAGCCAAUGCGCUCUUGCUCUGGUUCUUGUUCUGGUGCUAAGUUAAUGACUCCUAAAAGGACCACAAAAUAUGCCAGAAGAUCACUGAAUCUUGAGGAAAAUGCUGAGACACUCACAAAAGCUGAAACUGGAGCUGCCACUCGAGAAUUGAGAAGUAAGAGGGCUAAUGAUGUUAUUAAUGAUAAUACUCCUCUGGUCAUAGCACCGCAAGAGAAACCAAUAGCCUCUGUUAAACCUGUAACUCCUUCCCGGGUCAGAACUGCAACACCGUUGAAACAAACAGAGGCUGAUACUCAAAGAAAGACAUCCCCCAAGAAGACACUUGAGCCAAUGAGAAAUGAAAAUGGCUUAGAAAACUCAACUCAACAGAAGAUACUUGAGGAGAAGAAUAGCGAAGAGAAGGGUAGAAAAAGAAAAAGAGAAAAAGAACACAACUCAGACCUUAAGGAGACUGAUGAGAGUUGCAAUGGUCAAACAGCCGAGAUCAAUGAUACAAGCAGUAUCUGCAACGAUGUUGAUGUCGAUGAUCAGCCUCUAGCUGCUUGGAUAAAUUUACCUACUGAGCCAUCCUUUGAUCAUAGCCCGAUUGUGGUGAAUGAUGCUGCUGUUGCCACCGAUGUUGAGGAAACACAAGGGAAGGAUACACUAACGAUUUUACCUUUUGCAAAAAAGUCACCGUUUUGGAAGAUGCAUGAGACACAAGAGGUAUGCAAAAUAGUACCACAGAGUCCACAUUUCAGUCCGUUGUUCGACGCGAAAGAAGAACUCCGCGAAUGGACAGCGGUCGGUAUGAUGGUGACUUUCUAUGGGUUAUUAGAGGAAGUAAAAAAUCUGCAGCUCGAUGUUUCCCCAAGCAAACUAAGUAGCCUCAGUUGUUCUUUUGCGGACCUAGAGAAGCAUGGUUUCGACGUUGCAGCCCCUCAGUCACGGAUCAACAAAAUAUUGUCUCUCCAAGAUGAGCUAGCAAAGAAAGCAGAGGAAAGAAAAUGUCUAGAGAAGAAGAUUGAAGCUGGAGAGAUGGAAGGGCACAAGUAUGAAGAAGAAAUGGCUGAGUUAGAAUGCAAAAUUCUGGAGCUGAAGAGACAACAAGCGGUUGCCAAAGAGAUGAAGGAAGCUACAGACAAAAUGACAAGUGGAAUGAAAUCAUAUGCAGAAAUGAUUAAUCAAGAGAUGGAAGAUUUGAGGCUUGAGUUUCAGACAACUGCUUCUGCUCCAUGGUAAUUAAGAAGACAAAACUAUGAAUAACCUCUAAGCUCUAUAUUUUGGUAAAUGAAAACUUAGAUGUAAG